CUCGUUUCUUUUUAAAAACAAGCACAAGGUACGCUUAUCCCUGCAGCAAUGAAACAGGUUACAGAUUAAACGAUGCUUCAAUCUUCACGUGGCUCUAUUUGCCCAUUUGCUUGCUUUUUCCGUAACUCUCCAAGCCUGCUCAAAUAGGGAAUCCCGAGCCAUCCCUAUACGUUUUUUCCUUCUUUUCUUUUCCUUGGCUUAAGAGUGGCAGAACGACAGAAAAGAAAAAAGAGGUUGACGGAAUGAAUUCCUUCAUUGAGGACUUACUAGCCCAAUCGCCAUCGCACGACUGGUCCGUGCACGCAUCGCCAGCUGCUACCGCCGUCUCCGGACUGCAACAACCACACUCACUACCGCCACAAUUGCGAUGCAUACCCAAACCCAUGGAAUCGCUGUCACCACCAACAACAGGCAAUCAACCCGUCAAAGUGCGAAAAAAGCCUGGCCGAAAACCAAACCCAGCAUCGCCUGCUUUACGUAAAGCGCAAAACCGUGCAGCACAAAGAGCAUUCCGCGAACGUAAAGAGCGACACCUCCGCGAUCUCGAAACGACCAUACGUACACUCCGCGAACAAAGACAGCAAACGGCCAAGGAGCUCCAUGCAACCAAAGCACAGCUGGAUUCUUUUCGAGCCGAGAACUGGUAUCUCAAGGGGCUUGUUCUGACGCUCCAGUUUAUCUGUAUGCACCACUCAAUUCAGAUUCCUACGCAUUCGCCUUACUUGACCGAAGAAGCGCUCAGCGAAAUUGCUCAAUCGUCGCCUCACACUAUCGAAGCCUAUGUCAAUGCUUACAUGCGAAACAACAUCAACUUAAAGCCAACGAUGGCUGCUCAUAUUGCCAAUUCGUAUCAGGAGCAGCAAAAGGAGGAGGAGGAAAUGAUGACAACGGGAAAUUAUGAUGAUAAUGAUGACGACGACGAUAACGACGAUGGUUAUCCAAAACAGGAGUACAGGGAUGAUGAUGAUGCUACUACUACUGCUGAUGAUCAAUUUCUGUCUUCACCACCCUAUGACUCAUAUGGCGAAGGUGCCGGGACAGAAAGGUUAGGCGAUUCACCAGUAGGCACGGAUGAAGAUAGCGACAUGUCAUAUGUCAAAGAAGAGCCAAAGGGCGACUAUGAAAGAUGGCUGCAGCCAUCACUAUCAACACAACCAUCGUCAUUGCCAAAAGAAACAACACAGCAGACGGAUCACAGAUUAUCAUCCUCAUUAGCAUCAUUAACACCACCAUCUGCAGCUGCAACAACAACAACAAAUAAACUCUCACCAUCACCAGCACCCGCCGACAAUAGUAGCAGUCUAAGCGCUAUCCAGAAAAUUCGACUCCAACUACGUAUUCAAUCGACACUAUCAAGCAUCGGUUCAUCAGCAGCCCGCCUACAGCCAACGCUCCUACAGCUGUCAAUUUCACAUGAUCCGCGAAUCGAUUUGAUACCAACGCCUCACAUGCGAGAUCGAAUGAUCAUAUUUCGUGACCAGAUGGACUACGAUCGGUGUUUCUCCAUGCUACUCAACGGGGCCGUUUAUCACGGAGGCGAUCCGACCAUGAGCGAGAGUUGGGAGCUCCCACCCGAGUUCUUUAGCGAGUUCUGGUUCCUUACCAUCGAUUAUGAUAGACGCAAGACAAACAACUGGCGGAGAGCAAAGGGAUUGCCAGAAGUUGGUCCGGCUCCAGAUGACCACCCGUCAACGACAACAGCCGCAGCUAGCUAUUAUCAUCAGCAGCAACAAUAUUAUCAUGAUGACACCAAUAGCAGCAGUAGCAACAACAACAACAAUGACGGUAGUGGUGGUGACAUAUGGUCGGACGAGACAUUAGCUCAAUUUGUCCAAGGCAUGCCAACAUUACAGCCUGUAAAUCAACAUGGUACCGAAAGCAACAACAAUAACUAUUUGAUGUCACCUCCUGCUUCCAAGUUCGACAAACUAAACCAUCCUCUAUAUCAAAUUAUGGGCUCAGACCCACAGACACGACAACCUGCACGAGCACCGAGCCUUGGUGCAAUUAUGGAACUUGUGUCAUCUAUGACUACGACAGACCUCAACCAGCCAUGACAACAACUACUUCAAUGAUAACGACAACCACAUACUCAUUUCUAGUACUAUGCACUCUGAAUCCCUCAUUAUUACGUAUAUAAAUUGUCUAUUUGUUUGCUUUCUUUUUUGUUAUGUACUUUAAUUAUGCGUCACACUCCUUUCCGAGCUUUUUGCUUUCUUCUCCCCUCACCACUUGCUCAAUCCACAACAAGAUUGCCCAUGCAUGAACCAACAACAACAUAAAAAAAAUAUAUCCAAUUUUUCCUUAUUUUUAGCACGGAUUACAU